GCGAUGUUGACACCUUGCUGGACCCCGUCGCAUCGACGAGUCCUCAAGCAAGCAUUGGCGAUCGGGAUGGAGUUUGCAAUGCACAAGAAUGUUGUAGUGCAAGGCAAGCCAAAGCGACAGUGGAGCCAACUGCGGCCCGUGCUGCAAGGAAUCAUUCAAGCCGCUGUCGCCCCCCCCAGUUCGAAAGCUUCGUCUGCUUUUCAGGGGCCUGAGUCCACAGUCCCGGUGUCUUCCACAGCCAGUCCUGGCGAAAAGAGUGUGAUGCUUUUCAUGACGGAGGCCAGUGCCGAAAUCGUGCAGAAGUGGCUCGAUGCCAACAAAUCCAUCAAUCAUAUGGAGCAUUCGGCAUUUGGCUCGGCGGUGGGAAAGCUCAGCAGCAGGUUGUGCAAGUGUCGACAGGACCCCUCUUCUUGUCCAGUCCAUGCUCAGGCAACCAUGACAUGUGCGGAUUUGCUUUGGGCGGCAUCCGAAGUUGUCUUUGAGCACGUGCCUGCAUCGGUGCCCACCUUGGCUAUCGCCAUGACGGUCAUGUUCUCAGAUAGCAAGAACAAAGACACAGAGAUUCCAACGUGGUGCCGGUUCUUGUGCAAGAAGGCAGAGCAGCCUGGCGAUCCGUCGGUGUCCACAGAGGAGCAGCCGUGGCUUCCAAACAACAAUGCAUUGGAAACCCUGAUCAGCAUGCGACCCCUCUAUCUUCUUGACAUGCUCUGCAAGGUUGUGGGAAGGUUGGAGAAGAAGGGCGCUAGGGCAAGAUUCGCUGACUUUCAAGCGAGUCGGUUGAUUGAGUUGUGUGAGUACCUGAAACUUGGGUUGAAGAAGGAUAAGAGUGAUAUCCCAGACGAAGAAGCACAUGCUUUGCUUGUUUUGCGGCUAGAAAUGUUGUUGGCAACAAUGGUCGUUGACGAGACCGGAUGGGCUGCAUCGUGGUCCAAGCUUCUGACCUACUGCAUGGCGGAUUCCAAGCUCACUGCAGAGGAGAUGAAGGAUCGUGCGAAGAAUGUGAAACUGGGCGAACUCGAUUUGGACGUGCCCCCGAAGUUCAAGUACAUGCUGGGCGAGCCAUCGGAAUCCGAAGUCAAGCAAGAAUCACUCAGCCCGGAACAGGCGAAGAAGCCCAGUCGUGCCACUUCAUCGGAUGAACCGUUCCAGCACGGUGAGACUCAGGUUCGUGUCCCGGACGUGUAUGCAUUCAAGGGAGCUGCUGGCAAGUCCAGCUUCAACGUGCUAGACGUUAUGAGCCUUCAAAUGCAACUUACAGCCCAUCUGUUUGCGAAAGCGCCCGAAUCUCAGUCUCAGUUGCAUGUGAGUGUCUGA